AUGAGCUUCCUCCGCAGAGUGGCUGGGCGCUCCCUUAGAGAUAGGGUUACCAUAGAAACCACUGCAGACAUCCUGGAGAAGGAGGCCCGAGAGGCUGUGGAGGCGAGCGGAGAGGAGGUGAAGGAGUUCUCCAAGUCCCUGAGCCAGAGGAGCAGGAACACAGCCCAGAGGGUGGUCAGCAGCCUCAUGGGGGAACACACCAAGCAGAGCUGCCUGAACCAAACGCAGCAGAAAAUCAAGUCUUUCUUUGUCCUUUGCUUCGCUGAGAGCUGCUGGAAGAAGGUGCUAAGAAGACUGUGCUGUCACGUCCCACAGUCCUCUUCAUCUGUGGAGAACAUCCUAGAGGAGGCGUCGCCAGUGCUAAAGGAGCUGGUGAAGGAGGAGGCGCUGCAGCAGGAGCAGUGCCUCUACAGGAGACUGUCCCAGGACAUCCAAGACCGUCAGUUUGAGAAGCUGAGUGAGCACCUGGCUCAGAUCCUGUCAGACAACAUGGCUGCACAGGAGGAGCAGGAGGAGCUGAAGGAGGAGCAGAGCCAGACGCCCCGCCAGGACCCGGUGAGACGAGCCCUGGCCAAGAUCCACACCCUGACAGUGUCCAUGGGGCAGCAGCGAGCUCCCAGACUGCCCCCUACACCUCCACCGCCAUCAGACGCUCGUGUUUCUGUGGCGGGCGCCGUGUGUGCGACCGAACCAGCAGCACAGACGCUCGUAGCUUCUGGUCCCAGUCCUGGCUCUGAAGAGUGGAACCGGUUUCACAUGGCGGGCCUUGUGUACGAGGUGGUGUCUCUGGUGUUGCAGACGGACAGGUUUGCGGAGCUGAAGUCUCUGUCCGAGGAUCUGCUUCAGGAGCUUCGUCCGGAGAUGUCGCGGUGGAACAUCAGAGUGAGGCCUGAUGUCUGCAGCAUCAGGGAGGCGGCCCGAGCAGUGUACAGCCACCUGUGCCAGGACCGGCAGAGGAACUGGGUCACUCUGGACGCCAUGAUCGGAGGGGACUACAUCGGAGUCAUCGUCCACCACAUACGCAAACAUCUCAUCGCUCCCACGGCUCUCCUCCCCUCUCCCUCUCCGGUCGUCAGUGAGGAGUGA